AGGGCCGGGGGAGGUGGGGAUGCAGCAUGGCCGCGGUGGCGCUGCCCGAGUCGGUUUCCAGUAGCCAUGGCGGCGGCGUGGGGAGCCUGGAAGGCGGUGCGGGCACCGGGGGCGCCAGCAACAGCAGCCGGCAUGAGAAGAGCCUGGGGCUGCUCACCACCAAGUUCGUGUCCCUCUUGCAGGAAGCCAAGGACGGCGUGCUCGACCUGAAAGCGGCUGCCGACACACUUGCUGUAAGACAAAAAAGGAGGAUCUACGACAUCACCAAUGUUUUGGAAGGGAUAGAUCUCAUAGAAAAAAAGUCAAAAAACAGCAUCCAGUGGAAAGGUGUAGGUGCUGGUUGCAAUACGAAGGAAGUCGUAGACAGACUGAGAUACCUUGAAGCAGAAAUUGAAGAAUUGGAGCUAAAAGAAAAGGAGCUGGAUCAGCAGAAACUGUGGUUACAACAAAGCAUAAAAAAUGUUAAGGAAGAUUCCACAAAUAAAUGUUUUUCAUACAUCACUCAUGAAGACAUUUGUGACUGCUUCAACGGGGAUACACUACUAGCAAUUCAGGCUCCUUCUGGCACACAGUUAGAAGUCCCUGUACCUCUUGUGAGACAAAGCAAAUACCAGAUCAACCUGAAGAGUCAUUCGGGGCCCAUCCAUGUGCUGCUUAUAAACAAAGAGUCCAGUUCCUCAAAGCCAGUGGUUUUUCCGGUACCUCCUCCAGAUGACCUCGUGCAACCUCCAUCUCAGUUGCCAGCUCCAUUGAUUUCCCCUAAACUGAAUGUAGAUCCUCAGAAGUUGGAGUCUAUAGAUCCUCUUCAUCAGGGUCAAUCCCUUCCACGAAUACCACCAGUCACAGAUAUGUCAACAGACAUCAGUUUGCAAGAGAGCCCGACUCCUGAAACUCCUUAUGCUGGCAUUCCAGAUUCUGAGCUGUAUAACAGCCUUAUAACAGAAACUACACCUAGCUCUAAUAACUGCCAGUCCUUCCUUCCGCUGGACGUAAAUAGUAUUCUGAAGCCGAAUGCGUUUGACAUCGCAAAGAUGGAUGAGCCUGGAGGAAUAAUUAACAGCGAUAUCAUUGAUGAAUUGAUGUCCUCUGAUGUUUUCCCCCUCUUACGGCUGUCUCCUACUCCUGGAGAUGACUACAACUUCAACCUGGAUGAUAACGAAGGAGUCUGUGACCUCUUUGAUGUGCAGAUACUGAACUACUAGAUUUGAUGCAGCCAGAUUGCCUCAUCUACCUCUAACGAUAUAAUAUUGUAGACUUAAUUUCAUAACACAAGUAUUUAAAAUAAUGAAUGUAAAACUUCUGUAGUUCACCAACACCGGGUGUACCUUUCCCCCUGUACUUCAUUAUUUUGAUCAACUUAUAAACUCAGUAAAACAGAAGCUUCAUUUUACUGCAGUGCAGGGAUUGGUGUUCCUAGAGAUGUUACGGUAACUUAAUACAGUUACUUGAAAGCCCCAGUUCUUUUUAUUUGUUCUUUAGGAACUAAAGUUUCCUAAGCCCAACUCUGCUUCCUGUACAACUCCAGACUGCUGUGUUUUAUACACCUGGAAAUCCUCUACAAUCAUUCCAGAAUUCUGACCUUUUAUGUCUUAAAACUCCCACUGCCAAUUGUAGAAUGAAGGACAUUAACUAGUCUAUGCUACAUUGUUUCAGUGAACACUUUUGUGGAGUGCCUUUUUAAUUAGCACUUUAUUUUGUUCUCUGUUUUUUACUUCUGACAUUCCACAUUCCUAGAUUUAGGAAAGCACUAUUUGUAGUUUGUAUUAAAAGGGUGCCAAUGCUUGUACAUUAACAAGAUUUUUAAAAUAAAACUAUACAAAG